AGCCAGUCGUUGACAUUUCAACGAAUGUCAUUGUGGUCAUCUGUCAAACUCAAGAAUCAAAAAUUAUAAACAAAACCCACGUGUAGCGCGAAUUUAUUAACAAUUUAUUAACCAGAAGCGACCUGUGCCAAAAUGAUGGAGGAAGCAAAGCCCAUCCAGCUCUCAAAGUCCAUCCUGGACAUGAAAUUCAUGAAAAAAACCAAAGAAAGGGUCCAGAAAGAGCAGGAAGACGCCGAAGGCAAAGCCAUGUAUUCGAACGAAAUCACGGAAGAAAUGAAGAAAAGCGGCAACAUAAUCUUCACGGAGACGAGCAUUUUCAAUUGUAGGAACCUGGUGGAAGGGCGGCUGUCGUUCGGGGGCAUGAACCCAGAAAUCGAGAAAUUGAUGACCGACGACUUCACCAAGAAGAAACAGGAGGUGGAGAGGAAAAAGGAAACCGACAUCAGCGACGAGAAAAUGGCCCAAGAAUACUCAACUUUGGUGGACACGAUUGGAAAUAAGUUCAGUGGAAAGAGAAACAAAAAUAAGAGGAAGUUUCUAAAACCCAGUGAAGAUUUCUAGUGAUUUAUAGCUUGUUGUUGAUUGUUUGUAAAUAGUGGUGAUUUUACUAGAAUUUGACCUGGGAGUCAAGUUUGAGAUUGGAUGUUAUGAAUUGUAAUGAGAACUUUUUUUAUUAAACAGCGUGGCCUACAUCAUUAUCAAACGUUUAUUUUUGUGCGGGGUUUUCAGGAGCAUAAAAAGUGUCUGACGCGUGCAUAUCAUUCAAGAUAUUCAUGUUAGAGGACGAAAGCAGGCAGAAAAACUCGAUUUUACUAGCUCUAAAAUAAAAAAAAAAACAUCCGGAUAAGCUUAUCUUUGCAAAUAAUUGGCAGUUUAUCAUUAUUCAUAAUUAUUUAUUUUAUUAUUUUUCUUUUAAUAUCUUGCACCUAAGACGUCAAGGCGAGACCAGUUUUACUAGAACGAAAACCCUCGACCGUUUUUCUCACUCAGGUUUCGCUCGUCAGACCUCAAAACGACGUGUAAUCGCCUCAGUCAACGUUUAGCCUCAUCCACUUUCAAUUUUUCCUCAAAUUUCCCUUUUUUUCCUCGUUUCGUACCUCCAAAUUCAAAUUUCGCGCCUCGUCUAUUUUCGCCCAGUGUGAACUUGUCCGUUCCUCUUAUCUUUCAACAGCUCGUGCAUGCGAAUUGGGUUGGACCUGUUGGAGAUGCAAUUGUCACAGGCCCGAUAUCUCGCCCUUCGCUUCACCCUUGCACAGAAUGCUCCAGUUGCAAGAAGGCAGUCUGACAGAUUAGUCUUUCCAACGGCCUUCCUCUUGGCCUCUCUCGGAGUUGGAGUUUCUUCGUUUAGUCUGAAGCAGUUGCUGGCUGCACCUAGGAGACGCUAGGAUGUGUCGAUGUUCUUGUUCUUGAAUACCUGCCGCCGUUAUUUUAUAUGAUCGGGAUAGAGUAGCAUUUAUUUAAAAUCCAUCAUGUGUAAAUGUAAGAUACCCAUUUAUCACUACAAGAGAUACUACUUUAAAUUUAUAUUUACGUGCCAGUUGUGGCACGGUAGGUAUUAGUGGUUUUUUUAUUUAAUUUUUUUAUUUUUGUCAUCCUGAUGCGGUCGGUUACGUGUGUAUAUAUUGGUUUAAGAGAAACUGAUGUAGCAAUGCUUCCUUAGAACAUCCUGUGCAAUGUUUGCAUGCUAAGUCUAGAAUUGUAGUAGUUAUUGGACUGAGUUUGUAAAAUUUUUAGUAAAUGUCUUUUUUUUUA